UUGCUUUUUUUUAAUAAUUUCUAGCUUAUCAUCGUUUUCUAGAGAGGUUUGAUCAUGAGUGCUCUGCUCUCUGCUGAGAAAGACUGAAUAAAUAAUGACAAGACAGGGCAGUUGCCUGGAAACUGCUCAUCGGCUGAUCGGCGGCCGGUGACUGAUCCAUGGAUGCUGCAUUCCACACUGCCACCUUCACACUCCCUUUGCCUUUUCUUGCUGACAUACACCAGCUCUGCUCUGCUCUGUUCCCGGCCAUGGCCGCCGCGCCGGAGGAGUUCCUCUUCGUCCACCCGGAGCCGCCAUCCCCCUCCGUCUUCCUCGACCUGCCGCCCACGCCUCGCCGCGACGACCCUGCCGCCUUCGACGACAUGGCGCUCCCCUACAUCGCCCGCCUCCUCAUGGACGAGGAGGCCGCCGGUGAAGACAGCUUCUUCUACCAGUACCCCGACCACCCCGCGCUGCUCCAGGCGCAGCUGCCCUUCGCCCAGAUCCUCUCCGAAAACACCGCCUCGCCAUCCGUCUCCGCCGACACUGAGGCUCGUCGGGGCAGCUCUGACUCUGACCACUCGCCCACGCUCGGCUCUCCGGCCGCCGACCAUGCGACGGACAUGGUCACCUCCGCGUUCCUCAAAGGCAUGGAGGAGGCCACCAAGUUCCUCCCCACCAACUACGCCCUCCUCCUCAACCACAACAGCGUGGACGAGGCGGUCAACGGCGGCCAUGCCAGGGGCCGCAAGAACAACAGGCAUGCCGCCGGGUACGAGUACGACGACGCCGACCCGGAGCAGAAGGCGCGCAGGGCCACCAAGCUAGUCGCCCCGGAGCCAGACGAAGACGGUGCCCGCCAGAUGUUCGACGACAUGAUGCUCCGCGAGCGCGACAUAUGCAUGAAGGGCGCGCAGCAGCGCCUCACCGUCGACGCCAACCACAAGGCGCCGCGGCGGCGAAGGCGCCGCGGCGGCACCUCCACCGACGACGCGGUCGACCUGCACGCGCUGCUGCUCCGCUGCGCGCAGGCCGUGGCCACGGACGACCGCCGCUGCGCGCACGACCUGCUGGCCCAGGUCCGCCGCCACUCCUCUUCCACGGGCGACGCCGCGCAGAGGCUGGCGCACUGCUUCGCCGAGGGCCUGGAGGCGCGCCUCGCCGGCACGGGCAGCCGCCUCUACCACUCGCUCAUGGUCAGGCCAACCUCCGUCGUCGACUUCCUCAAGGCCUACCAGCUCUUCAUGGCGGCCUGCUGCUGCAAGAAGGUGGCCUUCACCUUCUCCAACAAGACCAUCUUCGACGCCGUGGCGGGGCGCCGCCGCCUGCACAUCGUCGAUUACGGCAUCAACUACGGCUUCCAGUGGCCGGGCUUGCUGCGCGGCCUGGCUGCCAUGCAAGGCGGCCCGCCGGAGGUCAGGAUCACCGGAAUUGACCUGCCCCAACCUGGCUUCCGCCCCGCGUACCAGAUCGAGGAGACAGGCCGCCGCCUCACCAACUGUGCUCGUGAGCUCGGCGUGCCGUUCAAGUUCCGUGGGAUCGCGGCGAAGAGGGAGACCAUCUCUCCUGAGGACCUGGACAUCGAUCCGGCCGAGGUGCUUGUCGUCAGCAGUCUCUGCCACUUCAGGCACCUGAUGGAUGAGAGCGUCGUCCUCGGCCGCCCAAGCCCCAGGGAUCAGGUCCUGGGGAACAUCCGGAGGAUGCGGCCGGACGUGUUCAUCCAUGGCGUCAUCAAUGGCGCCUACGGCACCACGUACUUCCCGACACGGUUCCGGGAACUGCUGUUCUACACGUCGGCGCAGUUCGACCUGCUGGAGGCGACGGUCCCCCGGGACAGCCAGGAGAGGCUGCUGAUCGAGAGGGACAUCUUUGGCCGGAGCGCCAUGAAUGUCAUCGCGUGCGAGGGCGCAGACAGGGUGGAGCGCCCCGAGACCUACAAGCAAUGGCAGGCGCGGAACCAACGGGCGGGGCUGAGGCAGCUCCCGCUCAAGCCCCAGGUUGUCAAGGUGGUGCUGGACAAGGUCAAGGACAACUACCACAAGGACUUUGUUGUCGACGAGGAUCAGUCAUGGUUGCUGCACAGGUGGAAGGGGCGUGUGCUCUAUGGCUUGUCCACAUGGGUUGCAGACGAUGCUACCUCCUCCAGAUAGAUUUUAGUUUAGCUCCUCUUUUUUGGUGCGCAGAGGAUAGUACCUACCAACGCUGCUGAGAUCUUUUGUCACGUAGGCAUGGCUGAUGAGUGGAUGUUCAUGGAGUAUAGUUGCCAUUUUCGUUU